GUUUUCUGUCGUCUUGCUGGUCAGGUACGGUUGGAGCAGCGGGCAUGUGUAUAAUCCUCGUCUCGAUACCCGCCGUUCGCCAUGUCCGGCCCUGGACCGGGGCCCGGUCACGGUCCUGGUGACCAGCAAGACCACUACUACUACCACUACUCCUCCUACUCCAGCAACAACACCAACACCAACACCAACACCAACAACAACAACAACAACAGCAGCAGCAGCAGCAGCGGCGGCGGCGGCGGCAAUAACAACAACAGUAGUAGCUACCGAAAUGGCUACAGCAAUCGCCUUCCGUAUGCGCCCCAGCUGAGCACAAUCCCCGCAAGGCGACCUGUCGGCGCUCCCACAUCGGCGGUCGUGAACCCCUCCCAGGUCUCCCCUUCUGAGCUCGCCUACCCCCUUCACCCAGCGCCCAGCGUCAGCAGCACCCAGACCCGAACACCACAGCGCAUGGGAACCAUCAGCAGCGGAGGGGUAUUCACAGUGUCACCGGCAAGUUCGAUCCACGAAGAAGUCCGCCAGGAUGAUGAGGCGUGCGGCGACGGAGGACGAAGGGGACCGCUAGGAACCUCGUCGCCAUCUCCGCCGCAGCAGCACUGCAGAAGCCCGGAGCCGCAGCUGCAUGGGAGUGGCAGCAGGGGUUGGGACGGGGGCGGCUGGGAGGCCGGGCAAGCGGGAUUGUGGCACGGGGCACCGACACAGGUACCACAAGCACAAACGGCAACGACAGCAGGAGCCGGUAAAACAGGUGUGGCGCAGCCGACGCCGACAACCUACGGGCCGGCACCGACCCAGGCUGUUGCUACCUUCGCCAACUCCGUCCUCGUGGCCGCCCCGCUGCCUUUUCCAGCCCCAGCACCGGUUCACACCACCACCGCUGGGAAUGGGAUAAUCCCAGGCGUGCCGGCACACACGCCCUUGCAACAGCAGCAGACGCGGCACCAACAGACCCCUAAUUCGCAUCAAGAAACAACCCUUGCCAACUCCCAAUCAGCGGCCCAAGCCCAUCCCACCACUACCGGACGACCCAACCCGGGCUCCGGCCCGUUCAUGCACUACGAAGACGUCACCUACCUUACCCCGCCGGCAGCAGGAGCAGCAGCAGCAGCAAACGGAUUCGACGAAGAACCCAAAGACGAAACCCAGGUUGAGGUUGGCGUUCCACACGCCGACACCUUUCCCCCAGUCCCGCCGGAGCUGAACAGACCAGAGGCAAGGCGUUCAUGGGAUCGACAGCGCAAGCGGCGGCGGAAACAGCACGGGCUCGGGCCCCCGAACGGGGAUGGAGGUGGAGGACACUACCAGCAGCGACUGCGGCAGUGGCGUAACGGAAGUGGCACAGAGUAUGGAGGGGAAAGGGGCGGCGGGAGAGGGUGUACCGCCUUCCUGCGGUUCUGCAAUGGCUGGCUGGUUGAGAUGCUGUGCUGCCUGCUCAGCGUCGUGUGCUUGGCCGUGGUUGUUGCCGUGCUCAAGACGUACAACGGGCGGAGCCUGUCUGACUGGCCUCUGGCCGUUUCGCUGAACACGCUGGUGGCGUUCCUGGCCGCAAUAUGCCAGGUUGCGCUGGCAGUACCCCUGACGGAGGGGCUCGGCCAGCUCAAGUGGAACUCCUUUGCAAGGGGGGAGAAGCCGCUGGAGGAUUUUGUCACGUUCGAGAACGCGAGGCGCUGGCCGGUAUUUGGGAGCACGCUACUGCUUUGGAGGAGAAAGGGAAGGUGUGGACGAUUUCGCUUCUUCUCCCAUCCUGUUUGGCUGUUUCUUUCUCCCGGUCUCGCGUUCCGUUCUGUUUGGUUCGAUGUGCUGAUCAAAUGUUGGUCGACAGGGCGCUCGGCACGUCUGCGGCCACCGCACUGCUGACCGGCUUUCUCCUCUCCCCGUUCAUCCAAGGCGCCAUAACCUAUCCCACUCGGACAUUGGAAGCAGGGAACGGUACGGCCACAAUCGCCAGGAGCGAAUCAUACUUCCACCCAACGCCGUAUGGUAAGCGG